GUUUUGACUAAAAAUAAUUUUUAAUGCAAAAUUGUCGAAUUGAAAAAAAAAAACCAAAAUUAAAUGAAAUUAGGCAUUGAGAAAAAGAAAGUUGCUUUUUAUAGGGGAUUUUAGGAUUGUUUAUGGACGAUCAAUCACGAUUCCCCUGGUCGACACAAGACAACGUGAGCUGAACCCCAAUCCUGAAUUCCUUUCAAAAUGUGGAAGCUCAGCGAAGGCGUAUUUGUCGAUGAAGAGCGUAGUCAGAGCUUGUUGGAUGAAGAUUCAGAAGACCUAUGCUCUCUAACUGCUGUACAGAGACUGUACGCUUUUGGAGGCUGCUUGACCGGGGGCGUGGUUUGCAUGAUUUUGUCAUUACUUGUUUUUGCUAAGCCACUCAAACUUGCUGUACUUUUUGCAUUUGGCAAUGUUUUGGCAGUUGGAAGCACAACUUUCCUAUUUGGACCUAGGCAACAAAUAAGAAUGAUGUUUGAUUCUGUUCGUAUUCUUGCGACAGCUAUUUACCUAGGAUGUGUUGUUCUAGCUCUUAUAUGUGCUCUCUGGAUCCACAAUAAGAUAUUGACAGUGAUUGCAAUAAUAAGCGAGAUAUGUGCACUAAUAUGGUAUAGUUUGAGCUAUAUCCCUUUUGCCCGGAGGAUGGUCUCUCAAUUGAUGAUCCGAUUUUGUGAUACGGAACUAUAGACAAUGAAACAUGCGAUAAUGAUUGACGAUUCAAUGUUUCAAGAUCUGAGAUUGUUUUUUGUCUUGGUUUUUUUUCACAUUUUAGUGAGCACAACACCGGUUGGAGAUUUGUUUUUUUCUUAUUUUUUUUGGUCGAAGUUGAGUUUGUCUACAUAAAUGUAUAAUCCAAAAGUCAGUUCAAUGCUUGUGCUAAUUUUUUAAAUAUAAUAGCAUUCUUUUCAAAAUAUUACCUCA